AAAUAGAGGAAAAAAAUUAAAUCACUCCUAAGCAGGGGAAAAAAAAAAAAAAAAACAAAGGAAAAAGAAGAAGAAGAAGGCUCUGGCGGACGCGCAGCAACAGAAGGGUAGCCGCCGGAGUUCUGUGUGAUAUUGCCGGAGAAUUCUGGUUGGUUUGCGAUCGAGUACGCAGUUGGAAAAUGGUGAAUUCCAUGGUGGAACGGGCGACGAGCGACAUGCUUAUCGGGCCUGAUUGGGCCAUGAACAUCGAGAUCUGUGAUAUGCUCAAUCACGAUCCUGCACAAGCAAAGGAUGUUGUUAAGGGCAUAAAAAAGCGCCUUGGAAGUAAGAAUCCAAAAGUUCAGCUUCUAGCCUUAACAUUAUUGGAGACGAUCAUCAAGAAUUGUGGGGACAUUGUCCACAUGCAUGUAGCAGAGAAAGAUGUUCUUCAUGAGAUGGUGAGAAUAGUUAAAAAGAAGCCCGACUUUCAUGUCAAAGAGAAGAUAUUGAUUCUAAUUGAUACUUGGCAAGAAGCUUUUGGAGGACCAAGGGCAAGAUAUCCACAGUACUAUACUGCUUACCAGGAGUUGCUGCGUGCUGGGGCUGUAUUUCCCCAGAGAUCUGAGAGGUCUGCACCUGUAUUUACUCCUCCACAGACGCAGCCUUUAGCAUCCUAUCCUCCAAAUUUGCAUAAUUCAGAUUAUCAGCAAGAAGCAGCUGAGUCUUCUGCAGUAUCUGAGUUUCCAACAUUGAGCUUGACAGAGAUUCAAAAUGCAAGAGGUAUUAUGGAUGUCCUUGCAGAAAUGCUGAAUGCAUUGGAUCCAGGGAAUAAAGAGGGGGUUAGACAGGAAGUUAUUGUUGAUUUGGUGGAACAGUGCCGUACAUACAAGCAAAGAGUGGUGCACCUUGUUAACUCAACUUCGGAUGAAUCGCUCUUGUGCCAAGGACUAGCAUUAAAUGAUGACUUGCAGCGUUUACUAGCUAAGCAUGAAGCAAUUGCUUCAGGAACUUCUAUUCCAUUGGAGAAACCAAAGCCUGAAUCUGUUCGGGCACUUGUGGAUGUCUCUGCCCCUCUAGUUGGAGAUAGCAGCAAGAGGCCUGAUGGCAGUUCCACCUCAGGUUCCAGUGCAGGGACACAGCCGCUUCAGUUAGCACUUCCUGCACCUCUUUCAACUAAUGGCCCUGUCACUCCUACAAAGGUUGAUCCCAAAAUGGAUUUGUUAAGUGGCGAUGAUUAUAAUUCACCAACAGUAGAGAAUACUUUGGCUCUUGUUCCCAUAGGCGAAUCACAGCCAAAGAGUCCUUUAUCUCAGCAGAACGCCCUUGUUCUUUUCGACAUGUUCUCUGAUAGCAACAGUACUCCAAAUUCAUCAAAUACUCAGCCUGCCAAUCCAUCUGGGCAAACAUUUCCUUCGACCUCACAAUUCCAACCACAGCAGAACCUUCAAUCUCCUCAACCAACAUUUUACCCAAAUGGAAGUGCCUCAAACAUGGCAUUGCCUCAAUAUGAUCAGUCACUGUAUCCACAAGGCACCAACCAAGCCUGGAAUGGCCAGAUUGCCCACCAGCAGCAACCGCCAUCACCUGCCUAUGGUGCUCAGAACAGUGGAUCACUGCCACCACCCCCCUGGGAAGCUCAGCCAUUGGAUGGUAGCCAACUAGCAGGCACUCAACUUCCUCCUCCAAUGCAAGUUACCCCGGCAGUAAUCACACACUCGCAGCCAGUGCAGAGUGGUAUGCCUCCUCAAGGUCCUCAGCCAAUGGGUAAUGAUCAGAUGGCAGGUAUGUAUAUUCCACCAUACACUGGUGGCCAUCUGCCAAUGAUGAGUAACCAGAGUAAUCAAUUCGGAGGUUUUCAUCCUCAACUUAUUCAGGGAGGGCAAUUGAUGGGUAUGCUUCCACAGCCUGUACAAGCUAGCCCAAUGGUUUCCAUGUAUCCUCAACAAAUGUACAGCAGUCAGAUGGCAGGCUAUGGUUAUGGUCCACAAGAGGCUCAGUUUAUCGAGCAGAGAAUGUAUGGGCUUUCUGUGAGAGAUGACAGUGCUUUGAGGAACUCUUCCUAUCAACAUGUUUCCUCUUCAUCCUAUGGACUGCCCAGCAAGCCUUCAAAGCCAGAGGAUAAGCUAUUUGGAGACCUUGUUGACAUGGCAAAACUGAAGGGAGGGAAAUCUGCUCCUGGCAGAGCAGGGAGCAUGUGAAAUAAUUUCUUUUGCAGUUUUUUCCUUGUUUUUUGUUUGCCAACUUCAUUUCUUAAAAAUACAUAUAUUUUUUCCCCCAAAAUUCCAUUUAUUAUAUAUAUUUCUCUUGGUGCUCCCAGUUUGUAUUGCUUGCCUGGUCUUGGAAUCAUGUACAUUCCUUGUAGAGAAAAAAGGAAAAAUUGUGAAGACUUUCAUAUUUUCUGGGUUAGGUUUGAAUAUAUGUGAUUUGGAUUUUUAUUUAACUGGAAA